AUGAUGGAUAUCUUGGCGACUGAAAUUCAGUUUAUAUGUUCAGGACUUAUCACUACUGAUAACUUCUUGACAACACAAUGCAUUAUAUGAGGAAUCCUCCUAGUUCUAUACCACAUAUCAAUGAAAUUGAUCAUCUUUGCCAAACUGAAGAGUGAAUUAAUGCUUGCUAGUUUUGUAUUUUUGUUUUUUUUGAUCCCGUCGCUUUAUCUUGCAACUUACGUGGGGUCGCCUUGGUGAUUUUUAUUUUACCUUAGCUUCUUAGUCGCACUGAGUGCUUUACAGUUUGCCCCGUAUUAUAAUUUUGAGCACAAAGGGGCAGGAGGAAUGAUUCGGCUUUUUAUACAGGGGCUAGCCUUAAUCCAGCUUGAUUCAAUUGUGAUAUCUGGGGAUCAUUCUAUUCAGCUAGAGCUUCUCAUGAUUUCUCCUCAUCUUAUAUAUCAAUCUUGGAGAGUGGUCAAAGAGCUCACAACUUUCAAUGAAGAUAAUAAAAUGAAAAUUAUUACCACAGCGAUUUUACUUGGAAAGCAUGACAGUUUUAAGCUCUUCUUGACUAUGCAUAUAUUUGCUGCAGCUUAUGUAGUGAUAGACUCAUUGUCUGAUUCAUUUUUUAGACUGAUGCCUUUAGCUUUGAUACCUUGGCUGGUCAAUCUCUGCUACAAAGUAAGACUGCUGAGGACAAAAAAUUUAUCGUUCGAGAUGUUUUCGUAUGUGGUUUGCUACUAUGCGCUAACUGUGAUAGGAAUCAAGCUAAGCAGGUACGAUUUGGGACAAAUAAAUCAGUUUUUAAGCUCAAAAAUAUGGGGCUAG